AACUAACUAUAGGUACUUGAUAUAUACUUGUUAAUUGUUCAAUUAUCGUUUAAAUCAAUUACACCGUCAAGAUCAUUGUUUAAUAAACAGUGUUAUAUUUUUAUUUUCUUUAGUACCUUAAGGUAUUAAGUUAUUUUUGUCGCAAAAUAUCUUGGAUAGUUAAAUCCAGCGGCAUGAUUUUAUCCAGAAAUGUCAGAGAUAAAGUAUAAAAAUCAAAUUUUGGCAGCAAUAGAUCACUUACGUUCGCGAAAGUCUCGCCCAGAUAUAAACAGAAUUUGCAAGUUUAUGCUAAAGUGUUAUAAAGUUGCACCUAAAGAUACAAAAGCUGACCUUAAACGUUGUUUAAAGGAAAGAAGCAUAUUUAAAGUCGAUUAUAAAGAUAAUGUAAGCUAUAGAAACGCAGCUAAGUGGCGAAAGAAAUCAACACAAAGUAAUAUUAUGGCGUCUGAAAUUGAUGAAAGAAAAAUUAUUUCGUCUGCAAUCGCGACAUUAAUAUACCGAGAUCAAAGUUAUUUGGAAAAUGGGAUUGCUUUUGAUGAUCUUAUACGGGAAGCGGCAUUUCUAUCGAGAUAUACGAAAAAGCAACUUGAAACAAUUGUCAACAAGGAACUAUCUUCUGGCAGCCUAGUCAAGCUACCUAAUGGUACAUUAGCUUUGGGCCCUGCUGGAGAUCCUGAUGGAGAUAGUUCUGACAGUUUUAAAUUUGAGUAUAAUGAUUCAAAUACAAAGAUGACAUCAUCAGCUAAUUCAUCAUGUAGAUCAUCUCCACAAAGAAUGAGAGGCAGACCGAAAAAACGACCUAAUGUCACUUCGAGUAAUAGUCAAAAUAUAAAUAAUCAAAAUUCUGGUGUAAGAGUUGGUGAAAGACGUAAAAUGGCAAAGAAGGUGUUCGACCCAUCAGACAAUAAUGUACCCAGCAAACGCAAGAGAGGAAGACCUGUAGGAUCUCUUAAUAAGAGCACUAUAAAGAAAAGAUUAAUGAUAGCUAGUCAUCAGAAAAAUGAAAAAGAGGGAACACCUUUAUCAGAAAGCCAACACUCUUUAGAUGGAAGCGGAGAAGACAUGGAAUCAGAAGAGCCAAUCUCUCAUGAAGCGUCAGGAGGUGUUUGCUCUGUGUGCCACAUCCAAAAACCUCGAGGUUCUAAUGACAGGAUUGUGGAGUGUCGCGAUUGUAACAAUAAAGCACACUUGAGUUGUCUUCAGACAGGCUCGGGUAUUUUAAAACCAAGACCCGAUAACACUUGGCAAUGUCCACAUUGUAAAACAUGUGUUGUGUGCUAUGAAACUAAUGAUGCUGGUAUCUUGACAGUUUGCAAUAUUUGCUCAGAUGCCUACCAUGCUUUAUGUCAUACACCUCGCAUACCGGAAAGACUGAAAGCAUGGGAUCAAUGGGAAUGUAACAACUGCUUAGAAUCUCAUCCGACCAUAGUUGGCUCCCCCGCAAUUAUACUUUCCAAUAUUGAUUACAAUUCAGAAUCAUCUACAGUGGAUCCAUUUUUAAAACCACAUGAACUAGAUAGAGCACCUACAAAAUUAGCAGAAGAUGUACCAUUUGACCCAAGUAUACCUGAUAUAAGUAAUUGGACAACAGAAGAUGUAUACAGUUACUUUAUGGAACAUUUGCCUGAAGCGGCACCGAUUCUGAAAGAACAGGAAUUUGAUGGACAAGCAAUAUGUACAGCAAGGAGGGCUGAUAUUGUGAGGGGUUUAGGUCUACCACUGGGUCCUGCUCUUGCAUUAUAUAGAAUAGUAGUGAAACUACAAACAAGGAAAGACGAUUGGACUAUGUGCUGGGGUUAA